AUGAAGGCAUUAUGUUUUGCACUUUUCAUUUCUGUUGCGAUGUCAGAAUAUUUUAUUAUGACCUUUGAUUCAGCUAUUUAUGGGAUGCCAACUGCAUUAACAGCAAUAGAAUUUGGGAAGUGUAAUUAUAUUUCAUCGAAGAUAUCCUCAAUAUAUAGAAAGGUUAGUGAAACUGAAAUUUCUAUCACCACAUAUAGUGAAACUUCGAACUGUGAAGGAGAUAAUCCUAUCACAAGUGUGUAUGAUAUUACUGAUGAAUCUACUAAAGAACGUCUUUGUACAGGAAUGUCAUGUACACUUAAAAUUGGAGAUUUACCUGAAUAUGUUGCCUACACUGCUUCAUCUAUUGAUGAUGGUAAAUGCUUACACUCUGACGAUGCAGUGAAAGCAUACUUUGGUACAGAUUGUCUUGCAUGUGGUACUGAUAACAAAGAAUAUUGCAAGUUCGAUGAAGAAGAUGGAUAUUUAUGGUUAGGUGUUUAUCCAAACAAUAAGUGUGAGAAAAGUGAAAGAUCAAGAAAUCAACAAAUGUACAGAUGUGGUGCUUGUCAAGUUAGUGGAACUACUUCAGUUAAAUGCUUCUGUACAAAAGGAACUACUCCUCCUGAGUCUGCUGGACAUUUAAGUACAAUCUCAGUAAUGGCUAUUGCUUUAUUUGGUAUUUUUGCUUUCUUCUUUUAA